GGCGCCGGCCCCCCGUCAUGUGGAGCGGACGUCACAGGCCUGCACUGUAACCCAAGAAGUGAAAGAGACGGGGACCCUCUGCCCAACUUCGCACCACAACAAAGGCGGGGGUGCCGGCCGCCCCUGCCGUGCUCUCCACGUGAACCAGCGCCCCUCGUAGCCGCGCGUCCUGGGGAAGCUGCGAGCUCUGCUGAGAAUGGAGAGAUAGGACGCCGUCGCGGCGCCCUGCCACACACAGCCGAGCCGCCACCCGCGUGCGCCGUGCCGCCCCUCGGAUGGAUCGCAGCAGGGAAGCCGAGAUGGAGCUGAGGCGGGGCCCCAGCCCCACCAGGGCGGGCAGGGGCCACGAGGUGGACGGCGACAAGGCCUCAUGCCACAGCUGCUGCAUCUGCGGCAAGAGCUUCCCCUUCCAGAGCUCGCUGUCGCAGCACAUGCGCAAGCACACGGGCGAGAAGCCCUACAAGUGUCCCUACUGCGACCACAGGGCUUCCCAGAAGGGCAACCUGAAGAUCCACAUCCGCAGCCACCGCACGGGGACUUUGAUUCAGGGACACGAGCCGGAGGCGGGCGAGGCGCAGCUGGGCGAGAUGCGCGUGUCCGAGGGCCUGGACGCCUGCGCCAGCCCCACGAAGAGCACGUCGGCCUGCAACAGGCUCCUGAACGGGGCGGCGGACGCCGGCAGGGUCCUCAACGGGGCGGCGGCGGACGGCGGCAGGCUCCUGCUGCGGAGCAGGAAGGGCGCGGAGGCGGCGUGCGCGGGGGACGAGGCCAGGGCCGCGGUCCAGUGCUCCUUCUGCAAGAGCCAGUUCGAGCGCAAGAAGGACCUGGAGCUGCACGUGCACCAGGCGCACAAGCCCUUCAAGUGCAGGCUGUGCAGCUACGUGACCCUGCGCGAGGAGUCGCUGCUGAGCCACAUCGAGAGGGACCACAUCACCGCGCAGGUGCCCAACGGCGGCGAGGCGUGCGCGGAGAACGGCAAGCCCGAGCUGAGCCCCGGCGAGUUCCCCUGCGAGGUGUGCGGCCAGGCCUUCAGCCAGACCUGGUUCCUGAAGGCGCACAUGAAGAAGCACAGGGGCUCCUUCGACCACGGCUGCCACAUCUGCGGCCGCAGGUUCAAGGAGCCGUGGUUCCUCAAGAACCACAUGAAGGCGCACGGCCCCAAGGCGGGGAGCAAGAACCGGCCGCGGAGCGAGCUGGACCUCAUCGCCACCAUCAACAACGUGGUCCAGGAGGAGGUGAUCGUCACCGGCCUGUCCCUCUACGAAGUCUGCACCAAGUGUGGGAACCUGUUUACAAACCUGGACAGCUUGAACGCCCAUAACGCCAUCCACCGCAGGGUCGAGGCCAGCCGGACGCGGGCCCCGGCCGAGGAGGGGGACGCGGAGGGCCCCUCGGACACCAAGCAGUUCUUCCUACAGUGCCUGAACCUGAGGCCCUCGGCGGCCGGCGACGUGCCCCCCGGCGGGCAGGCCGGAAGGCGGGUGGCGGAGCUGGACCCCGUCAACAGCUACCAGGCCUGGCAGCUGGCCACCAGGGGCAAGGUGGCCGAGCCGGCCGAGUACCUCAAGUACGGGGCCUGGGACGAGGCGCUGGCCGGGGACGUGGCCUUCGACAAGGACAGGCGCGAGUACAUCCUGGUGAGCCAGGAGAAGCGCAAGCGCGAGCAGGACGCGCAGGCCACACAGGGCCCCCCCAGGAAGAGGGCGAGCGUGCCGGGGGACCCCAUGCUGCCGGGACACCUCGACCCCCGGCCGGCUGCCUCGCGGCCCAGCCGCAGGGCUGCGGCCACCACCGGCCAGGGCAAGUCGUCCGAGUGCUUCGAGUGCGGCAAGAUCUUCCGCACCUACCACCAGAUGGUGCUGCACUCCCGCGUGCACCGCCGCGCGCGCCGGGACAGGGACGGCGGCGGCGACAGGCCCGCGCGCACGCGCUGCGGCUCGCUCAGCGAGGGCGACUCGGCCUCCCAGCCCAGCAGCCCCAGCUCGGCCUGCGCCACCGCCGACUCCCCAGGUUCCGAAGACAGCGGCGAGGAGGGCGUCCCAGAAGCGGCACCAGGGGAGAGACCCUUCUAACACAGGUCCCGCCCAGACAGUGCCUCUCGGAAAGGGACCCCGACGGCAGGCCUCCGACGCCCCCGGGCCUCUUCGCGAUGUUGCCGCAGCCUCCCGCUAGUGACCGCGAGCACCCACCGGUGGAAGGACAGACGGCGGGGGGACUCCCGACCGGACACCUCAAACCCUGGAGCCGCUGUGCUGGAGUGGAGACCGCAGGGAGACGCCUCUCCGCGUUGGACGCUUGGGAAUGGAUGGAGAUGCUGUAUGCUCUAGAGUUAUGUGUAGAUGCCGCGUGCACGUGUGUGCUCGCCGGCCGUAGUCCUGUAUUUUCUUAUGCUGAGCAGUGGCCCUGGCGCGCUGCAGGGGCGCCAGGCAUCUGUCUUAUUCGAGACAAGUUUGAGACACUGGAAAAAGGUACUCGUGUGUGUUGGACAGAGAGGAGAAGGUAAGCACUGUGGCAGGAGCCGCCGGCCCGCUGGGACUGACUAUGCAGACGGUGCCCGAGCAGACGGCGGGGGCUCGAGGCUGCUCACAUGUUACUACUACUGCCUCUCCUGGUCUCAGUGGGUGUUUAAGACAGCGAAUGAGAGAGGAGGCGGCGGCGGCAUUCGGGUGCUGUGGAGGUCAGGCCUGGUGGCCUGGGAGCCGGUGGCAGGACCCCCGCUGGGGUCCCCCAGGCUCCAUGUGGCAUUACCCUCCGGGGCCGUCUGCACUUCCCGUGCUGGCUCCGUGUCCCCGCCACGUGCCCCGAGGGGUCCCGCGAAGGAAACACGCCCCCGGGGAGGAUGCGUGUGCUCUGCUCUGGACAAGAGCGCCGGCUAACACUAAGAAACGCGGGCGGCUUGGUGCAUUCUCAGGACCUUUUUGUGACAGGGCUACGUUCUGCAAACUGCUCGCAAGGGGAGGCGCUGCGUCUUAACACACUGCUCGGCCGCUGAGUCCUCCGGAUUCGGACCUGCCUCAGCGGUGGCAGAAGAAUCCCUGAGCAGAUCGGGGGACCCUAGAUCCCUGGGGUGCUGAUGCUCUGGAAGCUUCUGUCUUCUCCCCCUGCAUCCCUCUCCCCCCUCCCCCCAGCAAGUAGGUGUCUUUUCUCGUUGGGCCUGGUGACCUCCACGGGUCGAGUAACCCCGUCCACGGAGGGUGGGGGUCACCAGGCCUGUGGGUGGGGCGGCUUUAUAUACCUCUUUGUUAGUAACGCAGAUGCAAGUCUUUGUGGUGGGGGUUAGGCCCAUAACAGAGGAUCUUAAACCACGCAGUGUACGCAGUUUAAAUCGUAUUCCACAGAUAGAGAUAUUUUCUUUUCCUGUUGCCGUGGCACUGUGUGUGGCGGCGAUAUUUCUGAGAGUUUCAGACUUUUGCACAUAUGAUUUUAUGCAUUAUCAAAAGUUACUGCUGCCUUGAAUGAAAAUGUUCUGUGAAAGUUUUUGCAAAAGCUUUACUAGGUUUUUUUUUUUUUUUUAAAUUGUGAAAUUUUGUAAAGGCAGGAAAUGGAUUAAAACGAGCAUGCGAAAUAUAUUUUUCAAAAAGAAAAAGCAAUAAUUUUACAUGUACAGAAAUUAUCCUAACCUUUAAUACUGGUGAGAGCGACAGUUUACUUAAUACAGUAAUGGAUUAGUGCAGUUUUUGUAGAAAAUGGGCUUCUGAUACGAGACUUGUUUAAACACACACACACACACAAACCCUGAAGUGUGGUUUCCUUGUUCUAAUUAUUAUAUUAUUAUUAUUAUUAUUGUUGUUGUUGUUGUUGUUGUUAUUAGUUAAUGUUUGGUUCUGGAUUCUACUUGUUACUGAGUUUAAAUUACUUGACGGUUCAGGUUACUUUGCAACACUUGCAAACAAUGCAAUGUAACUGGCUAGCUUAUACAUAUAUAUAUUAUUAUUAUUUUUUUUUUUUUACUUAUUUUUUCCUGAUAUUCUCACACCAGGUAUGUACGAGAAUGACCUGUCCUGUUGGUGGUGUCACUGGGAAUGUCCCGUGCAGAGACUGUUACGUGACUGUCACGGGCUGUUCUGUAAAGUUGUUCUGAGCAAAGUUGCAGAGACACAGUCCUCUGUCCACCUGAGAAACAAAGUAUCUUUCUGUUGAUUUAUGUGGGAUCAUUUCAGUAGUUUUCCCAAAGUGAUAAUUUUUCUGCAUUUUCUGGCUUUUAUUUUCUUGGCUGAAAGUAAGAGGUGGCAGUGAGGAAUGUGCAGGGACUAGUGAUUCGGUCCUGUCUGUUUCCCUGUGUUUUAGUGAUUAAAGAGACGUUCUGUACCCAAAGUGACACAAAGGCGUAGUCUACAUUUUUGCUGUUCCAGGCGCAGCCCGGAAGGCGCGCCGGCGCCCACGGCGUCUUUCCUGCCCGCGAGUCUCCUCCCAGAGGGCCUGGGGGGCGGAGAGGGGCGCGGCCGAGUCCGCUGGCCUCCUGGAGUCCGGCCUCCGGGACAGCGGCGGAGGACGGCCAGCCUAAAUAACGGCGUGCGGAGCGCGGAGACGGGCUUUCCAGGUAGUGAGACUGGAGGGGACCCUGCGAGAACGCCACCCUCCGAGAUCCGCCCCGCGCGGGCCGGAGAUGGAGUUUUUCCUUUCACUGAGCAUCAGUGUUGUAUUGGUUUGUUAAUUCGUUUGUGUCGGUUUGACCAUAGUAUUUAAUAUGAUUUGUGUUUCCUUAUUUAUUUAGCCAGUAUGUUUUGAUUCGCUUUUCUCGAAUGGUAAUUCCCGCAUGAUCCACUUCUGUACGGCGCCUUCUGACUGUUACAGACUCUCUACUACCUCUGCCAGUCUGCUGUUUCCUUGUUUCCUAACAGGAUUUUUACAGUGUUGCGUCUAAUGUAACUUAGACAAUAAAGGGUUUGGUUGUCUACAC